CUGAAUUCAUAAGAAAGGUUUACUUGUCUUUUAAAGAAAUCAGCUAUGGACGACCUCGUUCCCAUUUUCGUUAAGACCGGUUUAUCCGAGCAAAAGGCGAAAGAAACCGCCAAGAACAAGAAAUUAGCACCCACCUUUGAACGAGUCAUCAAUGAAGCCGGCAUUCGCGAUUCAGGUUGUGAGAAAGAUUUGGGUACUUUGUUAUAUACUUUAGCUACUGCGGUGGCUAAGGAUAAAGCUGCUGCUGAACAUAAACAUUUACCUUUCUUGACAAAGAAGGUAUUGAAUGGUGAUUUAAAGACAAGUGAUCAAAUUACAGCUGCUGUCAAGUUCUGUGAAGCAGACACAAUCGAAGAAAAGGAUUUCGAUGAAGCCACUGGUGUUGGCGUUGUUGUUACUCCUGAGCAAAUCAAGGAAGCUGUAGAGGAAUAUAUCAAUAGUAAUAAGGAAAAUAUCGUCAGCAAUCGUUAUAAAACUCUUGGCCCCACCCUUGCCAAUGCCAGAAAGAUUCCUUGUUUGCGUUGGGCUGAUGGUGGUAAAGUUAAGAAUGAAGUUGAAGCUCAAUAUCUUGCGCUUCUGGGCCCUAAAGAUGAACGUGAUGCUCCUCAAAAGAAAAAGAAAGAGCCUAAAGCGCCUGCUGCUGCUGCUGCCAAAAAUGGGGAUCAGAAGAAAGCAGAUGCUGAAAAGGAGCCCGUUGUAGAUAUUUCAAAGACUUUCUUUGAAGGUGAAUUAGGUAGAUUACAUAAACCUGGAGGAAACCCUCAAAUCAAGCCAGAAUUGAUGGAAGAACAUUUAAAGGCUACUGGCGGUAAGGUUGUUACUCGUUUCCCUCCCGAGCCUAAUGGUUAUCUUCACAUUGGUCACGCUAAGGCUAUCAAUGUCAAUUUCGGUUAUGCCAAAGCCCACAAUGGUGUCACUUAUCUUCGUUAUGACGAUACUAACCCCGAGGCUGAAGAAGAACAAUAUUUCACUUCUAUCUUAGAAACUGUACGUUGGCUCGGAUUCGAACCUUUCAAGAUCACUUAUUCUAGUGAUUAUUUCCAAGAAUUAUUUGAUUUGGCUGUCAAAUUGAUUAAAAAGGGUCUGGCCUACACUUGCCAAUGUACACCUGAAGAGAUCAAUGCUAAUCGUGGUGGUAAGGAACAUGGCGAAAGAAAGGCUUGUGUCCAUCGUGAAAGACCCAUUGAGGAAACUUUGGAUCAAUUCAUGAAGAUGAAGGAAGGUCGUUAUAAGGAAGGAGAAAUCACUCUCCGUAUGAAGAUGGACUUGACCAACGGCAAUCCUCAAUUCUGGGAUUUGAUCGCUUAUCGCGUCCUCUACACCCCUCAUUUCAGAACGCACGACAAGUGGUGCAUUUAUCCUACCUAUGAUUUCACUCACUGUUUAGUCGAUUCUUUCGAAAACAUCACCCACUCACUCUGUACAACUGAAUUCAGACAAUCCAGAGAAAGUUAUUAUUGGUUAGUCGAUGCUGUUGAAGUCUAUAAGCCUGUCCAAUGGGAAUAUGGACGUUUGAAUGUCACAGGUACCAUCAUGUCCAAGCGUAAGAUUUUGAAGAUGGUCAACAACAAAUAUGUCAACGGUUGGGAUGACCCUCGUCUUUAUACUUUGGUCGGUAUUCGUAGACGUGGUGUUCCUCCUGAAGCCAUCAAUGAAUUUGUGCUUGAAUUGGGCGUCACUACUAGUCAAUCCACCAUUGAAGUAUCUCGUUUCGACAACAAGACGCGUGAAUAUUUAGAUAGAACCGCACCUCGUUUGAUGGCUAUUAUGGAUCCUGUCCGUGUUGUCUUGACCAAUGUACCCGACGAUUACUAUGAAGAAGUCACGGUACCUAACAAGCCUAGAGAUCCUGCUAUGGGUGAACACAAGGUUCCCUUCACCAAGGUCUUCUAUAUUGACCGCUCUGAUUUCCGUGAACAAGACGCUAAGGGUUACUUCCGUUUGGCUCCCGGCAAGUCUGUUGGGCUUCUCUAUACCAAACAUCCUGUGCACUGUACCAACUAUAAGAAGGAUGCCAAUGGCAAUGUCAUUGAAAUUGAAUGUCGAUAUGAAAAUGAGGGUGAGUUUAAGAAGCCCAAAACCUAUAUUCACUGGGUGGCUGAAUCUCCCAAGCACAAUUCUCCCGUCAAAUUGGAUGAACUACGCAUCUACGAACGUCUUUUCAAGCAUGAUAACCCUGAGGCUGCUGAAGGUGGUUUCUUGAACGAUUUGAAUGAACACUCUUUGGAAAUUGUAAAGGGAGCUAUUGCUGAAGUCGGUAUUUAUGAUCAUAUUGCUGAUUGGGUCAAGAAGACGGGUGGUAAGGACUUUGAAAGCAUGCGCUGGCAAUUCACCCGUACAGGUUAUUUCUGUCUAGAUAAUAAAGACACCAAGUUGGACAUUGAUAUGAUCAAGGCUGGUAAAGUGAAGGAAGCUGUGAAAACACUCAUCAUCAAUCGUACUGUUUCUCUUAGAGAGGACAAUGAAAAGGAUUAGAAGAUUUCACAUACAAUAUAUAUAUAGGAAGCUUUUUUUUUUUUUUGUUUUUGUAUUGUUUGUGUAUUCUAAAUUUCAUCUCAUUCUCUUGUAAUAAAAGCUUACCUAACGAAUAUUGCAUUUGUACUAUACAAUAACAGUCUUUGGUUCUAUGAUGCUGCUAUUUG